AGGGUCAUAUGCAAGACCCCUAAAAUAUGUGCAUUUUUAGCAGAAUACACAAGCUUUCUAAAUUUAGUGUUAAAACCCUCAAAAAGGAAAUGCAUUUACCAAAAUAAUGCUAAUAAGAAUAAGAAACCACAACAAUGAGUGCCUACAAAUCAUUCAGACAACCAAAAUGUCACAAGUGAUAUAAAGUUUCAACAAUGUAGCAGAUGUUGCACAUUUGCAUCACCACUCAGUGCUAGCCACAGUUCAUAGUUUCUUCAUAGCUGCCCCAAAAUAAAUAUGAAAAAUAUUAGCAUCUGCCAGCCGUGACGACUGUGCUGUUUGAAUCGCCGACUGCACAAUUUAAUCACAACUCUGUGUUAAAUCUAAAAUGCAUUGCGGAACAAAAAACCGUGCGGACCACUGGAUCUGGUGGGGUAUUCUCUCUCCUGCCCCACAGUCACCGCUGAGCCCAUUUGACUAUCCAUUCAUCCAUUUGCUAUGCCGCUUGUCCACUUUAAGGUCACGAGUGAGCACACCUUGGACUGGUCGACAGCCAAUCACAGGGCACCUCAUUUGACAAUGAACACAAAUGAAUAUCUGAAUGUUCCUGUUUUGGAUGCACAGGGAGAAAACAUUUCCAGAUAACUCUGAACAGCAGAAUUCCGAUAAAGUAUGGGCAACAUGUUCAAAGUUCAAAUAAUCUGAUCCCUCCUUGGAUUGCAUGAAGGAAAUGUUAUGGGUAGACAGGAUGAAAGCAUAGUUAAGGAAGAUAAAAAGAGAUAAGGGAGUUGGAGAAUGCCACCUGUUAGUUUGUAUCUCUGUACCGAUACUGGAGUGUGGAACAGUGAAUUAUAAUCCAAAAAUAAUAGUUUUGUGUGUAUCGUCACUGUUCGUACGUUGUAUAUCAAAAUAGCUCCCCAACAACCACAACCUUUAUCCAGUAUCAAUAGUUCGUGUGCAUGCAUCAUCGCUGCAUAUGGCUGCACUGCCGUGUCUCUCUCUGUGUGUGUGCGUGUGUGUGUGUGUGUGCGCGGGCGCUGGUGAGUUGGUGAAGGAGGUGGAGAGAGAAAGAAACAAGAGAGAGACUCGAGAGCGCAAUGGCCAGUUGGCUGCCGGUGUACUCGUCCACGCUGUUUGCUUCCUUGGCAAGGAUUUUCCCAAUUUUCUUUAUGUACUGCUGCUUCUGUCUUUUAACUGACUACCACUCAACAGCGAGCCUUUGAUAAUAAGCAAUUAACAGACAAUAUCCAAAAUUCUCUUGCCUGCUCUCAAUCUUACUUAUCUUCGUCCUUGCCUCGCCAUUGUAUGUCCGAGAAGGACACAGACACUUCUUUACCACAUCAUUCCCUUCCUCUCCUCGCCCUUCCCUUCCCCAUCUUUGUUCCCCUAAUGGGCACCAUAUCGGGCAGCAAGACCAUCUUACUUUCAUUGGCCUCUUCCCAGCCGUAACUGCCUCACCAUAACACAAACACCACCAUCAGCGUGACCCAAUGGAGACAAAAGAUCUGAUGAUGACCAGCAUGUUGACAAAGGAGGAAUGGGAGAGUGAGGCUGAGAGAGGCAAGGAGAGCGAGGAGGUGAAGGCAGAAGAGGAGGGGACUCAGGACGAAAACUGUCGACUGAUGCUGGCUGACGGUCUUGCGGAGAGAGGACCCAAGAGUCUGAACCCGGCUUCUGGCCAGCAGGUGUCCAACGGCUUCACCACGUCUGGCCCGCAGAGCUCCAAGGAGGGAUCGGGGCUUCCCGACGCAUACUCCACGGGUUCGGCCUCGGGGCCCGCAAGCGGCUCCGGGUCCGCUGAACCGCUGGGAGGCCUCAAGACUCUGGUGGUCCAACAAACCAGCUUGGACCGGCCCAGAGAAACUUGGAGCAAGAAGAUGGACUUCUUGCUCUCUGUGAUUGGAUACGCAGUGGACCUUGGCAAUGUGUGGCGUUUCCCUUACAUCUGCUACCAAAAUGGAGGAGGUGCCUUUUUGCUUCCCUACCUGUUGAUGGCGGUGUUUGGAGGUGUGCCGCUCUUCUACAUGGAGCUGGCUCUCGGCCAGUUUCACCGCAAUGGGUGCAUCUCCAUCUGGAAACACAUCUGCCCCAUCUUCAAAGGUAUAGGCUUUGCUAUCUGCAUCAUAGCACUCUACAUAGCCUUCUAUUACAACACCAUCAUGGCCUGGGCCUUGUACUACCUGUUGUCGUCGUUCCAGCCUACCCUUCCCUGGACCACUUGCACCAAUAGCUGGAACACGGGCAACUGUAACCGCUACAUGUCCACUGACCACAAUGUUUCAUGGUCCAACUCUUCCACCUCUCCUGCUGAGGAGUUCUAUACUCGACACGUGUUGCAGGUCCACCUCUCUUCAGGUCUGCAUCAGCUGGGUUCCAUCAGCUGGCAGCUGGCCCUCUGCCUGCUCUUCAUCUUCACCAUCGUCUACUUCAGCAUCUGGAAGGGCGUCAAGACAUCGGGAAAGGUGGUCUGGGUGACAGCCACCUUUCCUUAUCUGGUCCUCCUGGUGCUCCUCAUCCGUGGGGCCACUCUACCUGGGGCCUGGAGGGGUGUGGUCUUCUAUCUCAAACCUGAUUGGGAGAAACUGAUCAGCACUACAGUGUGGAUCGAUGCUGCAGCUCAGAUCUUCUUUUCGCUGGGUCCAGGCUUUGGGGUUCUUCUUGCAUUUGCCAGCUACAACCCGUUUCACAACAACUGCUACAAAGACGCUUUGGUCACCAGCUCGGUGAACUGCCUGACCAGCUUUCUGUCCGGCUUUGUGAUUUUUACUGUGCUGGGCUACAUGGCUGAGAUGAGGCACCAGGAUGUGGAUGCUGUUGCCAAAGAUGCUGGCCCCAGUCUGCUUUUCAUCAUUUACGCAGAAGCCAUUGCGAACAUGCCUGCUGCAACCUUCUUUGCCAUAAUCUUCUUCCUCAUGAUCAUUAUGUUGGGUCUGGACAGCACAUUUGCCGGUCUGGAGGGGGUGGUCACCGCCAUGCUUGACGAGUUCCCCAAUGUCCUGGUGAAGAGGCGAGAGCGCUUUGUCUUUGGCCUCGUUUGUGUCUGCUACCUCGGGGCGCUCUCCACUCUCACAUAUGGAGGAGCUUUUGUGGUGAAGUUGUUUGAGGAGUAUGCCACGGGCCCUGCAGUCAUCACUGUGGUGCUGCUCGAAGUCAUCGCCGUUUCCUGGUUCUACGGUACCACUCGUUUCUGCAACGACAUCCAGGUCAUGCUCGGUUUCCACCCGGGAUGCUUCUGGAGGAUCUGCUGGGUCGCCAUCUGCCCCAGCUUUCUGCUGUUCAUCAUCAUCAGCUUCCUGGCCUUCCCUCCUGACGUCAAGUUAUUUGACUACCAGUAUCCACCUUGGACCACAUCCCUUGGCUACAGUAUCGGGGUGUCUUCAUUAAUCUGCGUGCCUGCUUACAUGGUCUACCACCUAAUCAAUGCCAAGGGCACAUUCAAACAGCGUUUAUCAAAGAGCAUCACUCCUGAGCCCAGCAAUGAGCAACACAGAGGCUUCAUAGUCACCAACGCAGUCUGACCUGACCCUCCUGUGCCAAUUUAAGCUACUUAGAGUGCCCUCUUCUGGAUCCCUUGCAACACUACAAAACAUGAAGGCUACCUUUCACCACGUUUGCCUCAUUUUCAUGCAUCUCUCACACCCAAUGUCUUUGUGCAGCCGAAAUCCGGAAAUGUUUUGGGAUGUGAUGUAGGUGAAGACAGGUUACAGCAAUCUUAUUUUGUUUGUCUCAGUUCGUGAGCAGAUUUUCAUACACGGCAUCUUUCCAUUUCGCGACUGAGCCUCACUGCCUUUUUGUUCAGAUAACACCUAUUUUAUACAAUUAUUUUGAUGCAGUCGUGUAAGUCAAACUGUACAUAGUAUGUACUGAUCAUUUCGAUUAGUGCACACAUGAUUAUCUCUUCCCUCUCAUUGUAUCAUUUGAAUAAUAUACAGAUAAGUUAUGCAUUCUAAUAUGUAGCAAAAUUCAGGUAUUCCCUCUCUUCAUUGAAGCCAAAUAUAUGAUAUUUGUUCUGCUCAUAUUUCAUUCGAAGUGGCAGUAUCGUCGUUCCAUUUAUGUUGGACUAUAAGGACAGAUUUGCUAAGAGUACUAUACACUGUGAAGCAGUGUGUUUUUGUGACAUGUAUUUGUACUGAGUGUGUGUGUGUGUGUGUGUGUGUAAGACAGAAAGACUUACAAUGGCCUCCAGAAAAACCCUCAUGUUGACAUUGUUUUCCUUCUAUAAGUGCAAAAUGAAGUCUGCAUUUAUUUUUGUCAAGCAUCUGCAUUCUGUCACUUCCAUAUUUUAACAUGUACGUUACAUAACGAUGACGCUUAUUCAGUCGCCUUCUGAGCUUGUGGUCAUGUUGCAGAGGCGUCAGUAAUAGAAACCAAAUAUGGACUUAAUACCAUCACCAAGGUCAAGACUUAAGACUUCAAAUAUGGCAAGUACUGUACAUCCCAAUGUGUAUUUCCUCGUCAGUGUGGUACUGGUGUAAUCUAUCCUGUGAAAAACCGUUUCCCUGCCCCUCAUGGAGGUGAAUGUGUGUGUUCAGUUGUGUAGUUGGUUUGGAUUUGAGUGUGUAUGUGCUGAUGCAUGUGCGACUCUAUGGGUAGGUAGGGAUGGUCAGCCUUUAAAUGUGCAUGCCGUGCGUGUGUGUGUGUGUAGUGUACUCAAAGUGUGUGCAGGAGAGCGUGUGUGUACAAAAUCGUCUCUCGUUGUUGUCAACUGCCAAAUGACCUAAUGAAGGAUGUAACUCCCUCUAGUACCUCUCAAGCUUGUAGAAGAUCGAUGUAUGUCUACAAAAGACAACCCAGAGUCUAUUGGCAUAACUUACCUGUAUAGAAUAAAGCUAUAGAAAUAUACGACAAGUAUCAGAUAAUAAAAGAUAUAUGGAGAA